AUGCCAGGAUCCAUAGCUGUGGUCGACAGCAACCCGCCUAUACCUGAACAUUUUGAAGUUGAUGAUAAAAAUUUGAAGCCGAAUAUCAACUGCAACUCGAAACAAAAGAAGAUCUCCACGACAUUUGCUCUCAUUAAUUUCUUGAAAGGUAUGAUUGGCGCCGGAAUCUUUGCUUUACCUCUCGCUUCCAAGCAAGCUGGUCUUUGGUGUGCCUUCAUAGUUGUCUUCAUAUUCGGUAUCAUAACAGCUGUGUGUAUGAUCAAGGUUGUUGUUAGCGCACAAUAUUUGUGUGAAAGGUGGAUAAUAAAUAUCUCUGUGGUUCUGCUACAGCUGGGUAUCUGUACUGUUUACUAUAUAUUUAUCGUCGAUCACUCUAAGGAGAUUGUCGAAAUAAUAUGGCCACAUAGCACUAUUCAUCGUAAUAUUUACUUUCUUUUCACCUUACCGGCUCUUCUUGUAAUGUCUUUGAUUCGAAGUCUUUACAUACUGUCAUUGUUUUCCUUGCUAGGCAACGUUUUGGUGUUCACGAGUUUGGCGAUAAUUCUGGGUGAAUUGGUUACCUUCAAGCACAUUCCAACCUACUCUCUACCAGCAUUUACUAGCCUCAAUGGACUAUUUCUCGCUGCCGGCUCCAUAAUGUACGCUUUAGAAGGGAUCGCAACGGUGCUGCCACUUGAGAACAAAAUGAAGCAUCCGAAGGAGAUGACUGGCUAUACUGGAGUGUUAUCUACUGGUGCCUCUUUGGUUACGAUUCUCUAUGCUGCAUGCGGAUUUUAUGGUUACAUAACUUUUGGCGAUGCUGUACAAGGAUCUAUCACACUGAAUCUCUCAAAUUCUCCACUAAACGUCGCUGUGAAGGCUAUGCUGUUGUGCAUGGUCUGUACAAGUUUUCCUAUAAUGGAAUACCCGUUGGUAGAGCUAGUUUGGCCUUUGGUGAAGAAACCGCUGCGAAGACGAAAUGUCAGGAGAUUUUGCAUAAUCGGCCUCGAAUACUGCUUUCGAUUUUUUGUGGUGUUUCUCGUAUUUGGACUUGCUUGGUUGAUACCGAAUCUCGAACAAGUCAUUCCACUUGUGGGAAUCACAGCAGGCAUGCUACUAGGGCUUGUAUUUCCUUCCUUGAUAGAAACUAUAGUUUUCUUGCCAAAAUGGUGGAGGGAGAUGGCGCUCCCAAAACUGGUAGUAAUCUUGACUUUGAAUACUUUUUACAUUGUUCUAGGAAUAUUUUUUGUUGUUACGGGUAUAGACGCAAAUGUUGAGAAUUUAAAACGUGGAGUCUCACACUGAAGUGAAAUGAAUUCGAGUGAUUGUAUAGGCUGCUGCAUGAGUAAACCGCAAUACAUUUGGACGCGAACGCGGCU